UAAUCGCGCAGCAAAUAUCAUAAUUAGGUCAACAAGGUGCGAUAAAAAGUACUUCCUACGUCUAUUGUAAAUAUUCUGACGGAAAAAUGACUCAUUUUAUCAAGUGGAACGGUAUUCCAUAAUGUUUUCUACACCAAGAACUAAAACUAUGGCGUCUUGGACCUUAUUUUUAGUAGUGAUCUCAACUUUUUUCACAGUGACAGUUUGCCAGACACCACCAAUUCCGAUUCCAGUGUUAGAGGCCAGCAAAACUAUAAAUAGAACAUUAGCCAGUCAAAACUACCCAAAUAUAUAUCCAGCAAAUCUAACACAAGAAUGGAUAUUACGGGCUACUCUUAUGACAGACACUGUAAUAGUCCUGCUGACCUUCAUAGAUAUGGAAUCAUCAGACAAUUGCAGAGACACAGAUUUCAUAGAGAUAAGAGAUGGUAAUAAUGCUGAUGAUCCAGUUAUAGUCAACUGGUGUGGCAAAACACCUGUUAACACAAAAGUGUCUACCACUGGAAGAUACAUGCGCAUCAGAUUUGUCUCUAAUAACAUACAGUCCAAUCAGACUGGAUUCAGCCUCACAUACUGGUCUGGGGAUGAACUGUUCACUGGCACAUUGCUGAAGGCCCCACAGGAUACAGCUGUCAAAUACCAGGGAGAUACUAAACUGGACUGUGAGGUCAAUGGUACACAGAGAGUAGAAUGGCGGGAGUAUUUCACUAACUCUAGUGCAGUAGAUGGGACGAGAAUAUUUCUGGCUACCAGAGAAAAUCAUAAUCAAAUAGAGGAAUCUCACAUAUACAAACUCAGAUACAGUAUCGAGGGCAGAUACAGCCUUGUGAUCAAAAAUGUUCUUGAUCAGGAUGUCGGGAAAUAUGGAUGCAAGAUGGUCAGUGAGACAGACUUCCAUUUUGCCCACAUAUCUGUCAUCAGAGCACCCCUUUGUGUUGUAAAACCAAUUGAAGUAAAUGAAGGGGGAACUAUAUCUUUGACGUGUGACUCACAGUUUUGGGGGACAUUGAAACCAUCGCUAACAUGGUACUGGAACGAUUCUAACAUCCUGCCAAGCACACCCAGUGAAGAAUCUAAUCUUGUUCGACAAAGUACAAGCUUUCCUGCUGGAGUAGAAUAUGACAGAAGGGUGUGGACUUGUAAACUUGAUGUCUCAAAUGUCCCAAGCUUCACAGAUGAGUGCAGAACACUCCCAUUGGGUGUUAAAUAUUCUGUAAGGAAUAUCAUAAUCUACCCAAUUGAUGACAACCCAUCAGUGACACAAUUUGAUCCUGAUGAUGAGAUUACAUGUUCAGCAGAGGGGAAUCCUGCACCAUCAUUCAUUUGGACAAAGGUGUCAGGUGGAGAUCCUUUGACAACCAUUAAUGGAAAAACGCUCAAAAUCACCAGUGAGAUGGGUGGGAACAACAAAUACACAUUGGCUGCUAGGAACACAUUUGGAACUAAAUCACGAACAAUUGACUUUGUUGUCAAACUACCUCCUCCACCUCCCUCUGCUGUCAAUGUUGGUGCUAUAAUUGCUGGUAUUGCUGUAUUCCUCAUAUUACUAGUGGCAUUGAUAUUUUUCCUACUAUGGAAGUACAAGCGAGAGAAAUUGAACAACUUUAAGGACAGGGUGACCCAAUAUUCUAUGAGGCGUACUCGCAAUUUUCGUGCUAGCUUUAGGAGACUUAGUACUGGUAUCAGAACCAGUUUACGUGGGCGACGUGGAGACCGCACCCCAAUUAACAGGAGACAAAAUGGCGACAUUGGUCCCGAUGGUAAAGAUGAAGGAAUCGUUGAGUUGCGUGUUCCUCAAGAAGACACUGAUAUCUUUGAUGAUAUAGGAACAACUAAACUUCCCCAAAAUGAGAGGAGUUAUGAUAAUGCAGCGUUUCAAAAGGAAGAGCAACCUCAGCCACCUCCCCGUGGUCGACGUGACAACAGAGCGCCCUCCACUCCAAGGACACCAAAUGGGAAUACAUAUGAAAAGCUGGGACCUAAAACUCCAGAUAAUGCAAUGUACAGUAGCCUACCAAAGCAAUGGGAACUCACUCAAGAGCAAGUUGAAUUUAUCGAACCCAUAGGAGAAGGUGCCUUUAGUCAAGUGUGGAGAUGUGUGGUUCAUGAACAACAUUCUUCACCAAAAGAUGUUGCAUCUAAACUUCUUAAAGAGGGUCAUGUCAAGAUGGACCGCAAGUUCUUAGAGGCAGAAUUAGCAGCAAUGAAAGUUGUUCCUCCACACAGAAAUGUUCUGGCACUUGUGGGCCAUUGUACACAAACAGACCCACUUCUUGUUGUGAUGGAACUUGGAACAUUUGGUAAUCUGCAGUCAUACCUACGUAGCAACCCUACCACCCUUACAGCUCAAGAUCUGCUUUCCUUUGCCUGGCAAAUAGCUAAAGGCAUGGCACACAUAUCAUCAUUAAAGAUGUUACACAGGGGUCUAACAUGUCGUAGUGUUCUGCUAGGUGACAAUCUUACAUGUAAGAUUACCGAUUAUGGUUACUCAAAAGAUAUCAUGGAGUAUCAUAUGUACAAACGAGAAUCUAGGGGCCCCCUCCCCAUCAGGUGGAUGGCUCCAGAGGCAUUGUUUGAUGACAUUUAUACAGCCCAUAGUGAUGUAUGGUCAUAUGGUGUCACAUUGUGGGAGAUUGUCAAUCUAGGUGCCAUACCAUUCAGUAAUAUGCCCGACUCUGAGGUGAUUAACUUGAUAGAAAGUGGCUAUAGGCUGGAGAAACCACGUCAUUGCAGGAGAGAAGUUUAUAAUGUUAUGUACCAUUGUUGGAGUACAAGACCUGAUCAGAGACCAGGCUUCAAUGAACUAUGCCUCUCAAUAGAGGACCUCUUACAGAACAGCAAUAUCUACAUAGACAUGAUGCGGGCAGUAGAGCCAGAUUUAGACCAGAGCUUAGAUCAGGGUUUAGACAGGAAUGGUCCAAGGAGUCCUCAGACCCCUGCUAAUAACUAUGAUCCAUCAUAUGGAGGCCAAGUUAGUGGAGGAAUUGAAAUAUAAGAGUACUCACUUUGACCCAAUUCAGGGUUUGAGUAGAAAGUGCUCAAUGUGUCUACAGAUCCCUGCUAAUUAUGGAUACAGUUUUAGAGUGAAAAUUUCUAAGAUAUGCAUAUUCUUGGACUCCCAAUAUUUUCCUUGGAGUAAAAUGUGCCAAUGGGUUCCAUGCCUGUUAUGAGAUUAGUUAUCCUUUAUUUUAGGGUAUGUAAUGGCUCAUAAUUGAAUUAAUUCCCUUAUUUCAUUGAAUAACGGAAUAUUGGGAUUUCUAAUCCCAUGUUAUAUCAUAAAGUAAUGACUUCAUGAAACAGUGAGUUUCCCAUGUACAUUGGCAAUCUCAGAAGUACAAAAUAUAAGUGGGAUAUACAGAUAUAGCAAAGGUUGUGGGAUGCAAAUUCAAAUAAUAUUUAUCUCAUUAUUUGGAAGAAUACAGGAACAUGUGUAGGGUCAAUAUCACAUUAUGCACAAGAUUACAAUGAAAAUUCUGUCUUUGAUUGUAGAACACAUGGCACAUAUUGUUCUUCCAAGAUUACUAUAUUAUUGAAGGGUCUUGAAACAAGGGGAUUUAAAAAAGAUGCUACAGCACUCGUUCAUAAAAAUUGAAGGAUUUUGCUCAUUAAAGGUAGGAAGAGGGAUGAAUUGCAGAGAUGAGUUGAAAGUACAUUUCGAAAAAACAUACAUUCUUAUUCUUCACUCUUCUUUAGAGUUUUGCCGUUAUAUUUAUAUUAGAAUUCAUAUCAGGUACUUUUUUUAAGUAGUAGCAUGGGUGGACAUUCCGGGCGCAUAAUUAGAAGUUAAUGUCACUAUGACAUGAAAUAUUCCUGAGUUUGGAAGAUAUAUGACAUAAGGGAGGCUCCAUAUUUGGGCAAGAACGAAGGCAUAUUUCACUGCAUAGUGACAUAAC